GUAUAUGCACAUGGGCAACAAUACGACAAAUAGAGCUGAAAGCGCACACGGUGUUUUGAAAAGUUACUUGACCGACGGUCUCGGUGAUUUGGUGAAGGGUUGGGAAUCGAUUCACAGAAUGUUAGGCAAUCAAUUCACCCAAGUGCAAACUGAAUUUGGCCAGAACAUGUCUGUGUAUGGACACACAUACCGGAAGAAAACACUUUACUCGACUUUGAUGUUUAAAGUCUCUAGACGUGCAAUGAGAUACAUCCACACUGAAUCAAAAAGAGUCGAGUUUACUGGUAUGGAUAGCAUGAAGUGUGGUUGUCUGAUGAGGACUAACUACGGGCUGCCAUGUGCGUGUUUGAUUGCCAAGAAACUGCACCACAAUAGGCCUAUUAGACUCGAUGAGGUUUACAAACAUUGGAAGAUAAUUUGUUUCCAAGAUGAAGAAGUUGGUGGCGACGUCGAGGACGAUUAUGCGUGCACGGCAGAGUGGCAAGCAAUUCAGGAACGAUUGAGGACAGCUGAUGUAAGCAUGAAAAAUGAGAUCCGAGAUCAACUCCGCAAGAUUGCGUAUCCUACAACCACCGAUGUGGAGCCUCCGACCACAAAUGUAAAAUCAAAAGGGGCUAAAAAGAAAAAGGUGGUCCGUGGAACAAGAUCCACCAGCAGAGAUAAGUCUCGAUGGGAGCAUGUUGAAGAAUAUUUCACGGAGACACAAGCGUCGCAAUCGUCAAAGCCGUCUCCGUCAAUUCCGUCCCACUCAAGGCCAUCAUCAUCACAACCUACCGCAUCAAACCCUAUGCCUACGGUGUCUGAAGCUCCGCUCACUGUGUCCAACCCAUUGCCACUAACCUCAUCAUCUCAAAUUUUUGGAAUUAACCACAUGCCAAAAUUCAUGCAUCCCUUCAUUGAAGAUAUCAUCAACGUGGACGGCGACGGCUAUUGUGGUUACCGUGCCGUUGCAUUGGCUCAGAGAGGCAACGAAGAUGAUUUUGAACUGAUACGGUGCAACAUGAGCAGGGAGUUGCGAUUGAAUAAGGAUAUGUAUGUUGCUAUAUUUGGUUGCGAGGAGCGUUACCAAUAUAUCUGUGAUGCACUACUCCCACCCCCGAGGACGAGACAACGUACUAGUAUUAGGAAUAGUGUUGCACCGAUGGAUAAAUGGUUCACGUUGCCGGAUAUGGGACAUAUCGUGGCCACCAUAUUGGAUAGAGUAGUUGUUCAGCUCUCCAUACUUCAAAAUGGGCCUUGUGAAACUUUUUUCCCAUUGCGUUCCAUUCCGUCACCAAACCCGUCUUCAAGGGUUAUUUGCCUUGGCGCGUUACCGGAUCACUAUGUUUUGGUAAAGCUUAAAGUUGGGUGUCCGAUACCCAAAUCAAACAAGUCGUGGAAGCAAUAUUGUGCUAAACAAAGUUUGGGUUGGGAAGAUUCAUUCAUAGCUGCGCAACAUAGGUUCGAGGAGAUGAUGAGCACCGAGAACGUUGUCCCCAUCCAAAUAGUUGGUGCAGGCAGUAGAGAAACUCCGUUGGUGAUUGACUGAUCAUUUGGCCUAUUUUAAUGUAUUUUACGUUGUUAUAUAUUUUGAUGUAAAGAACAUCCAUUUUGUAAUGAUAUGAAUCGAGAUGUAAUGACAUCCAUUUUGUAAUGAAAUAUAUUGAAGUGAUUUGGUGUUGUGUAAUUGUUUGUGUCAAUAUAAUGAUAUUGGUUGAAGUAAUCUUGAUGUUGUGUAAUUGUAUGAAUAAUUUUUCCAAUAUGAAUGUGUCUGGAUGAACAGCAUUAACAGUGGAUUUCGCGUGGAUGUCAUUCCAUGGAAGGUCGUGAGUUACAAUAUCAUUGGUUGUCAUGAAAAUAUAUUUCGGUAACUAUGUACCGGAAUUUACCCAGAUUUCGGUAAAUAUCUGCCGAACCAGCCUAUUUCCAGUGAACAACCGAAAUUUUCGGUAGAUUGGUA